AUGGACAAUGGGUUGAACAGGGCUUCAUGUGUGGACCAGAACAUUGUGAGUGUGGACGUGGGAGUGCCCAAGGAGGUGCAAGUGUACAGCUUGAGGAGGAAUGUGAUAAGCGAACUGGAUAAUUUUUGUUUUAAAGAAAUUGGGUACACAAAUCUAAGAAUACUAGAUUUGUCAUAUAACCUUAUCUUCUGGAUUGGUUUGCACGCGUUCUCCGGCUUAAAUGACCUGCUCAACUUGGACCUCAGCAACAACAGGUUACGGUUCAUAUCGUCCGACCUGUUCUGGGAAACUCCGGAACUAGAAAUUUUAGACUUGUCGUCAAACGUUUUUGAGAAAUUGAAGAAUGAACCAUUUAUCAUGCAUACAAAAUUACAGGUUCUUAAUCUUAACAAUUGCCGCAUAAAAUCUCUACCAGAGCGCCUUUUCACGAGAUUACCGAACUUGAAAAAACUUGAUCUUAGUGAAAAUUACGUCAUCACAUUAAAUUUAGAUGUGCUACGACCGCUGCGGAAGUUAGAUAGGAUAGAGUUGAGAAAUGACUAUUUGCAAUGCAAUCCUGACUUCAUAGCUGUUGAAACGUGGAUUUUAUCGCAUAAUAUAAAAUACAACAAAAUAUGUCAUAAAAAAUUACCAAAAAUGUCCGAAAAGAUGAUUUCGUUGGUCGUCGAACAAGAUCCUGUGGAUAUUAAGACAGUGUGGAACGUGACUGUUAAAAAUAAUACUCUGGCAAAAGUAAAGACAAAUAAGACUGAACCUUUGACGCCUUUUCAAAAAUUCGAUAAAGAAUUUUCAGCUAUCCAAGCUUUAGUGAUAGGUUUUGAAGUGGGUCUAGCGCUCGGUAUCGUUGGCACUUAUAUAUGGUUGACGAGAAUUUGCAGCUGUAGUGCACUUUUUAGUAGACAACGGCAAACAAACAGACGGCGACGCCGAAGAAUAGAAGGUGAUAUGCGAGCCAACUUGUUAUGGAAUAAUGGUGUGAAUCCAAACUUAGAGACGCCACCAUUUUAUCGAAGACAAAUAUCUUUGCCAGACCGUAGUCCACCUUUCCCGGGCAGUGGGAUAGCAGGUUUACAUGUUGAUGCUAUACGUAUAGAUAGAGCUGAGACUCCGCCCCCUCCUUAUAAUGAAUGCCGUCUAAAUGUA